CCGCAUGUGCGGAUGGAGGCGGGCGGCGGGCUGCAGCGGCGGGGCGGCGGCGGCCUGGGCUCUGCGGGGGGCUCCCCGGCGCUGUCGGGGCCUCAGGCCCGCCGCAGGAAGCAGCCGCCGCGGCCGGCCGACUUCAAGCUGCAGGUGAUCAUCAUCGGCUCGCGGGGCGUGGGCAAGACCAGCCUCAUGGAGCGCUUCACCGACGACACCUUCUGCGAGGCCUGCAAGUCCACCGUAGGUGUUGAUUUUAAAAUCAAAACAGUAGAGCUAAGAGGAAAGAAAAUUAGAUUACAAAUCUGGGACACAGCAGGUCAGGAAAGAUUCAACAGCAUUACCUCAGCUUAUUACAGAAGUGCCAAGGGAAUUAUAUUGGUGUACGAUAUCACAAAGAAGGAGACGUUCGACGAUUUGCCGAAAUGGAUGAAAAUGAUUGAUAAGUAUGCCUCAGAAGAUGCAGAGCUCCUACUGGUUGGGAAUAAGUUGGAUUGUGAAGUGGAUAGAGAGAUCAGUCGGCAACAGGGAGAAAAAUUUGCACAGCAGAUAACUGGGAUGCGAUUUUGUGAAGCGAGUGCCAAGGACAAUUUUAACGUGGAUGAAAUAUUUCUGAAACUGGUUGAUGACAUCCUAAAAAAGAUGCCUUUGGACGUUAUACGGAAUGAAUUGUCCAACAGCAUCCUGUCCCUACAACCAGAGCCGGAAAUCCCGCCAGAACUGCCUCCUCCAAGACCUCACGUCCGUUGUUGCUAACUUGCUGUUUCAUCCAGAGUGGAAGUGAGAAAG